CAAGCUGCCGUAAAACCCAAAGAAAAAGAAGGCAACGCUCGCGAUAGUACCUUUAAAAUGAAUUUGUUGCGCGCGGUACAAUAGCAGACUUGUUUAUUUCACGUUUUUAGCAAAAUUAUAUAAUCAUGCCGAUUACUUGUUCAGCUAUUGAUUGCUCAAACCGGUUUGUCAAGGGAUCAGAGAUCCGAUUUUACAGGUUUCCAAUCAGCAAGCCUCAGCUGGCCGAGCAGUGGGUACGAAGCCUCGGGAGAAAGAAUUUUGUUCCUACCCAAAACUCCUGUUUGUGCAGUGAGCAUUUUCAGCCUGACUGCUUCCGUGACUAUAAUGGAAAACUGUUUCUUCGAGAGGAUGCUGUGCCUACUAUUUUUACAAACUCUGGAGGAGAUGGUAACAAGAUUGAGUUACGAAGAAACAGAGGAGGAAUAGUAGGAAAGGAGGUCAACGAAUCCAGUCGGCUUAAUUCACAAGACAGAGCCAAACAAAUGACAAAAGAUAGAAGACAACCUGUAAGAGACUCCAGUCUGAAGGGCAGAAGCGUAAAUGAGCGGAGGCGAGCAGGGGCAAAGCUCUCAUCAGGUGACAGACAGUCCCUGUCUUUAAAGAAUAAGGUGUAUGACAGCAAAGGUUUGCUGAUCUCAUGUGGGAAGGAUCUGUGUGACUGUCUGGAUGCAGACUGCAUGGGCUGCUUCUAUCCGUGUCCCGAGUGUGGCUCACGAAAGUGCGGUGUGGAGUGCAGGUGUGACCGAAAAUGGCUAUACGAACAGGUGGAAGUAGAGGGAGGAGAGAUUAUUCGCAACAGAUUUGCCAAUUAACUGGGAAACCAGGAAAACAUUGCUUCUGAGAUAAGAGAACUGGCACUGGUUUUAAGUGUGGACAUUGCAGAAGUAUUGGGUUUAAUUGGUAUGUAGAUUUAUUUUUAACAUUCUGUAUUUUAGUUAAGAGUUUAUCCGAUGAUAGACAUUUUUGGAAAAUUGUUUCCAUGCUUAUAGCUGUAUUUGCUAUUUAAUCCUUCAGUAAUUUGUUUGUUAUUAAUUAAUGUUGUAUUCAUGUCUAUGUUUUCUCUUGAAAUAUGCCUUUACACAACAAAUUCAGAAUAAAAGUGUCUGUAGCGUG